GGGGGACCUGCCAGGGUGAACCCCACCCUGCAGAGGGAGCGAGCCCCAGCACACACACACACACACACACACACACACACACACACUUAGAUGCCCAUGUGCGGAUGGAUGCCCUCGAUGGCCGUAAGGCACCAUACAAAAUGCCAGUCCUCAUGAUAAUUAUCAUUAUAACCCACUCACCAUGCAGAGAAAACAUACUGGCCCAUAAAUGCACCCUGCAGAGUCCUGUUUCCUUCUCAGUCCUGCCGGAUCUCCCUGGUCAAAUGUAUUUGCAGCCGAGGCCGCACAGAAAGGCGGCACAAGAUUGUAAAGCAGGUCGAAUGCCCUGCCUUCGAGGUUGGACUUUAAGAGGCUAGUGUAUCCCAAACAAGGUUCCAUGGAACGUGUUGGAUACAAGGUAGGCAACAUCAUGUCACUCACUGGAGACUGAACCAGUGUGCCGGCUAGGAAAGCCCCUGAGAAGUCCUGCAGGGAAGAAACCUGUUAAAUGUUUUUGUUUUUGUUUUUUAACUCAGCAGUUCUCAGAUUCACUUCGCCCCAGACCUCACGCUUUCACAUCUCCUAAGAUCACAUCAUGCUGAAUGUAUUUUGGGAGAAACGUGGCUAGAGUCUCGCGAAGCCACGUGCAACCAGAAGGGGCCGCAGGGGCCUUGGCGGGCCUACAGAGGCAUCCUAGCUGGCUCCGGGUGAGACUGACACGCUCCAACUCGCACUGCCAGGGCCAGCUGGAGGUCUCCUUCACGAACAGCGAACCAUGGCGCACGGUGUCUAGCCGGAGCUGGGGGAAGAACCUGAACCACUGGGAGGACCCCAAGCAGGCCUCAAAUCUCUGCCGCCUGCUGUCCUGCGGAGAGGCCGUGGCCUUUGCCCACUUCCCUUACUUCAACAGUCCCAAGAACCAGAUCACCUGCCACGGACUCGUGGGGUCCUUCUCCAACUGCAGCUUCAGCAACGCAAACCAGAGGGACCCUCUGGGCCUGAUCUGCCUGGAGCCGCCCAGGACAGCACCUCCUCCCACGACCCCCCCACCCACAACCACUCCUCAGCCCACAGCCCCUCCCAGGCUGCAGCUGGUGGCAGGGCCCGGGGGCCUGCGGUGUGCCGGCGUCGUGGAGUUCUACUGGGGCAGCCGGGGUGGUGCCAUCAGCUACGAGGCGCAGGACAAGACCCAGGACCUGGAGAACCGUAUCUGUGAGGCCCUCCAGUGUGGCUCCUUCCUGAAGCAUCUGCCAGAGGAGGACACCGUCAGGGCCCAAGACCCAGAGGAGAGCAGGCCCUUGCCAAUUCGAUGGAAGAUCCAGAACACGAGCUGUGCCUCCCUGGAGCAGUGCUUCAGUAAAGUCCAGCCCCGUGAGGGCGGCCAAGCUCUGGCCAUCGUCUGUUCUGAUUUCCAGCCCAAGGUGCAGAGCCGCCUGGUGGGACGCCGCAGCCUGUGUGAGGGGUCCGUGGAGGUGCGCCAGGGCAAGCAGUGGGAAGUCCUGUGCGACAGCCCCCGGCCCAAGGGCACGGCGCGGUGGGAGGAGGUGUGCCAGGAGCUGCAGUGCGGCAGCGUCGACUCCUACCGGGUGCUGGAUGCCAUCGAGACCUCCCAUGGGCUCUUCUGUCCCCAGGAGAAGCUGUCCCAGUGCUAUCAGCUUCAAGAGAAAAAAGCCUACUGUAGGAGGGUGUUUGUCACAUGCCAUGACCCAAACCCAGCAGGCCCGGGCGCAGGCACCGUGAUGAGCAUCAUCCUGGGCCUUGUGCUCCUGGCCGUGCUGCUGGUCGUGUGCGGCCCUCAUGCCUACCGAAAACUGGUGAAGAAAUUCCGCCAGAAGAAGCAACGCCAGUGGAUUGGCCCGACAGGAAUGAACCAGAACAUGUCUUUCCAUCGCAACCACACGGCCACCGUCCGGUCCCAGGUUGAGAACCCCGCAGUGUCACACGUGGAGAAUGAAUACAGUCACCCUCCUAGGAACUCCCACAUCUCUGCUUGCCCAGCUCUGGAAGGGGCCUUGCAUCGUGUUUCCACCCAGCCCGAUAACUCCUCCGACAGUGACUACGAUUUGCACGGGGCUCAGAGGCUGUGAAAGAACCAGCACCAGGCACAGAACGGCAAGAGCCCGGCCUUUUUCCGGAACACUCUGCAUUCGCCCCUUGGAAAUUAUUUCUGCCCCCAAACCAGGAAAGGGACCGAGGCAAGGGUGCCUUCCGACAUGUCCUACGUCCCUGCCGCCGAAUGCCGCGGGAGCCUGGCCCAGUGAGGACCCCCAAAACAGUUCGGCUGCGCCUCUGAGUGCGGAGGCCGUGAAAGGCAGAGCCCAGAGACAGACACGCGGGGAGCAGCGCCGAGAGGAAUCAGUUCUGUCCUCAGACUCUGCCCCCAGUGAGGACAAACAAGGAAGCGCCUCUCUGCCGUGGGGGUGGGGGCUCAGUUCUCCAGUGGAUGUUUAAUAUGUUCUUUGUAAAUAACAGCUUUUCUACUUCCUGAGAA